GGACGCCGUGGGACAGAUCUGCACCGCCAGCGUGUGAUGAGUGAAUUAUGCACCCAAAUGGACUCAUCUACCGCCUCCUGUGGUCGCAGCUUCUCGUCCUGAUCCAUCUCGCCUUGAAGGGACCCGACGGAGAUCUGGCUGCCGCUGCACGUCAUCAAUCAUCCAAACGGCGUCCCUGCGGCUUUGUUCCACUUCUCCGACCUCUGCCAACUCGCUGCAGCAUGCGGCGAAACGGGGUGGCGCACAGCGGUUUAGCCAGGGAUGGGUGCGGCAUGGCUGACUCAGAGAGAGGUUGCCAGGAGAUGGACCAGAGGAGGCGAGGUGUAUCUAUGGCCACGAAGCAGUCGCCUUCGGCUCCCCCUGUUGCUGGGAAAAGGCAUACAGCGGAUGGUCGCGAAAUGCGCCGUGUGCUAUACAAAGCGACGAGGGGUCCUCGACGGGCAUCGCUUCGGGCACUGAUGCGACCAGGCGUUUAUCGGACACUUCGGUGAGCCUGUUAGAAACAAUCACUACAGCUUAUCUCCGCGUUAUUUGUCCCUCCCUCCCUCUGUGUUGUUCCACAUCUCAGUUCGAUACGGACCGAGAAUGCCAUAGUCAAGGCAGCAGGUGAUGGCAUGCGGCCGCUGCAGUCCCUCUUGCGCGACAUGCUCACCGCCCACCCAACUCUUCUCCCUUCCUCGACCUAUCGCAGCACACCGGCAGCCUGGGACGAUGACAAGGCGCCUCUCGCUCUCGACCCCACGUGCUGCAUCACGGCCUUGUGGCACCUGGCGCACGACGACGGAUGCAGCAGCAGCAUCGAAGACUCCACACAGAUGAGUCCAUACGAGGCAGCGCCGCACUCGUCUGAUCGGCCCCUUCCCGACCUUUCGUUGGUCCUGCAGCUAGUGGAAGCUCUCGUGAAUUAUCAUCACUCUCGCUCGGCGGUAGCCAACGACGGUCAUGCGGCUGCUUCCCGAGUGGUGCGAUGGACCCCUGAAGAGCUGGUCAGUGCUGCCUGGGCGGCCGCCACGCUGCUGCAUCGCUAUCAUCAGCCGAGAAGGGGGAACCACGCGGCUGUGAGGCAGCUGAGAGAGGCUUGCGCGCGCCUGUAUGACGUUGUUCUGGUGCAUGCGGCGGGCCAGCUGCACAACUUCCGGCCGAUUGAGCUGGCGCGGCUUCUGUGGACCCUGACACGAGUGCGUGACCCUGGCUCGGUGACGAUUGAAAUCUCUCAGGGAUGGUCCUCGGGAGAUGAGCCGCCCAGAAGAGGCAGGCGACUGAGGGCGGUGCUCGAGGAGGCGGCUUCCGUCAUGACGGCGACGCUGAGUCAGUCGACCCCCUACUCAUGCAGCACUAUGCUGUGGGCCCUGGUGCGGCUGUGGCCAAACAAGACGACUCUCCAGGCAUCCCCCCUCUCGCCCGACGAUCCUAUCGAUCACACAUCAACGAUCCCCACACCGACCCAUUCUGCCGACGGUCGUGCAGGUGCACAUCUUCAGCCCGUCUACUCUGCGCCGAUAAGAGGACUGUUCCGCAAGACGGUCGAGAUGCUGCUGGCCCCGCUGUCAGAUGGCGACGAAAUAGCGGCCGUCGACAGCUUCCCGGCCCGCGACUUUGCACUCCUUCUGUGGUCGUGCACGCACUCGGGGCUCUUUCGGGACAAUGGUGGUCUAUCACGGCAGCUGUCCUCGGCUGUUCUCCGGUUCUUCAAGGCACAGCAGACGUAUGCGCCGCCUGAGGGCGUGAGGAGCGGCGAUUCGGCAACAUUGCCAGAGGACAUUACGGGGGAGGCCAUGAAGCUGCACGAGGGGCGGUCGGGCGAUGGAUCGUUUCCGCUGACGUGGCGGCGACAUCGGACGCCGAUGGGGGCGAACCCGCAGGAUGUGGCCCUCAUCUGCUGGGCUGUCGCCGAUAUGGGGCUGCUCGCCGACACCAAACAGACAGAUCAGGUUGGUGAUGGUGGGUGGGCAGAUGAGAUGCAGUCAGUGAAAUCCAUCCAUGCAUGUGUCUGUCAAUCAGUUGGUAGCGUGGCUGUGGCCCUACGUGUGGCGGUACAGCAACAUCCAGCCCGACGGCCUCAACCCCAACUCCACCACCCACACCGACAGCCCAACCUUCGCCUCUCUGGCCUUCCCAAAGGUGACCAACCGCCCCUCCCCCGCCCGCCUCUUCCGGCCCAUCGAGCUCACAUCAGUGGCCUGGUCGCUCGUCAAGCUCGGCAUCCGCCGGCCGGCCAUCCACCACGCCAUCAGCCACCGUCUGCUGCAGUACCUGCGGUCCCAUGUGGAGGCCAUGAGGGUGCGUGGAAGGGAUGCCGUGGCUGCGCUGCCGAGAGGCGUGACGCCUGGCAGUCUGGCGAUGCUGCCGUGGUCGCUGGCGCGUGCUGGCCUGGUGCAGGGGCGGAUGGCGCCGCUUGUGACCGAGGUCAUGGAGGUCGCCAUCGUCGAGGCCUUCGCUACCAACUUCACGGGCUUCUCUGCUCAUGUAAGGGACUUGACUGACUGACAUGGGGCACACGUGGGGCUCGACAUAAAGCGCUCUAUGGCUGGCUCGUUUGCCUUUGCUUUGUUCGUCCAGGAGGUGUCUAUCCUUAGCUAUGCCGUGUCGAUGGCCAACCUGGAUGACCGCGUCAAGCGAGUGAGCCACCGACAUGACAGCACAGACGACUAAGUACCGUUCGUUGCUCUCCUUUGUUGUGUCAAGGCAUUCUUCGAAGAGGUGUCGGAUCACUUCGCGCCGACGAUCGGCAGCUGGCACCCACACCACCAGGCGCUGCUCUCAUACGCCCUCCACAAGUCAGCCAUCUGCGACCCACCCAUCGUCAUGGCCAUGGCCACGGCCCUCAAGAGCGCAGCCAACACACCAGGGGGCCUCUCGCGGUACCACCCCGAUGUGCUCUUCAGCCUCAUGGUGGGGCUGCUGAGCUGCGACAGUCAGGUGGAUGCAUUGAGGGGCUUCCGCAGACCCCGGGGAGUGCUGCUGGAUGUGGCGGCCUAUGUGGCUGGCUGGGUGAGGCAGCGAGGGCACGGCCAGAGGGUCAAGGGCCUGUCGCUGGCAACGCUGCUCGACCUGUGGGCUGAGAACAGGCUGCCGGGGACACUCGACAUUGCGUGAGCGAGCGAGCAGGCCAGGCCCGCCAAGAUGAUUGAGUGUGUCAGCUGGUGGUGUAUGGCUGCUGUCCGCUUCAUCUCUAUCAGGUCUGCCAUUGUAGAGGACACCCAUGUGCUGGGCCGCUUCUCGCCGCUGAGCCUCUGCAUCGUCCUCAGCUCCCUCGCCAAAACAGGUUGGUUGGUGCAAACAUACGUAACCGUCAGUCAUAUCAUCUGCUGCUGAGUGCUUGCUUUGCUUUCUUUGCCGUGGGUACAGGUGUUGGCGUGUCCGACGGCUAUCUGGCCCGUGCAGCCGACAUGAUGGCCGCCAGCAUCCACGAGCUCAUCCAGACCCUCCCCAACACCUCGUCUGAACCAUCCGUCGACACCACGGCAGAGACACCGGCCCCCCUGGCCGACGAGUGGCUGCCAUUCCUGGCCCUCCCUGACAGCAGUCAACACGUGCAGUGCCACCCGCACCCCACCGCCGGCAUUUCCGACGAGGCGUCACCCCUCACUGUGCGUGGCUUGGUCAUGGGCCUCUGGGGGCUGGCGGUGCUCUCGACACGGCUGGUGGGUCACACACAAGACCAAGACGGGGGCGAGAGUGCGGGCGCGGCGAGCUCGCUCGUGGGCCAGGCGGUGGACGCGGCUGUGGAGCUCUUCGACGACACAAAUGUCCUCGAGAGGAUCAGAGGAGGUCAGUCAGUCAGUCACACACACACACACCCACGCACACACAACAUCCGUCAUGCCACCUACCCGUCCAUUGUGGCUGUCUGUCUGUGUGCCUGGUACAGAUGUGUUGCUGCUGCCAGCAGCUGCCGAGGCCUUCGCGAUAGUGGGGCAGUACGGCCACCGGCUGGACGAGCAGCCCCGCUACCGGCGCGUGGUGCGGACUCUAGCCUGCUUUGCGGUGCCGAUGCUCACCGAGGGGUCGGUGGGCGAGGCGGACCUGGCGCGGCUCGUCAACGCUGUCGAGUGCCUCCAUGAGUGCAAGACAAUCGAUCGGAGUGGACCAGUCGACCAAUGAAUGGAUGCAAUGAUGAGGGGUUGCACUUCUGAGUAGCGACGGACGGCUGGUCGGCACAGCCAUCCCUUUUGCCAGUGUGUGUGGGCUCGGAAGAAGAAAUCACAUGUGUACAAUCUGUGUGACGGAUGUGCAACGGACAGAUUGAAACAAAAGAAAGAUGGGUCGCUCGGGUUGGUAAUCUAGCGAGAAUCGUCUUGUGUGCUGCAUGGCAUCGAUGGCGCCCCAGAGAAAUGGGUCUGUGUUUGAUUGAUGACUAAAUGCACGCGGGGGCUUCAAUGCUCGUUGGUC